AGAACGCACAACAAUGGCUCGUACCAAGCAAACCGCUCGUAAAUCAACUGGAGGAAAGGCUCCGAGGAAACAGUUGGCUACCAAAGCCGCUCGUAAGAGUGCACCCGCUACUGGAGGAGUGAAGAAGCCCCAUCGCUACAGGCCAGGAACAGUCGCUCUUCGUGAGAUUCGUCGUUACCAGAAGAGCACUGAACUUCUCAUUCGUAAGCUUCCUUUCCAACGACUUGUUCGUGAGAUUGCUCAGGACUUCAAAACUGACUUGAGAUUCCAAAGUUCAGCUGUGAUGGCACUUCAAGAAGCCAGCGAAGCUUACCUUGUCGGACUCUUCGAGGACACCAAUCUUUGCGCUAUUCAUGCCAAGAGAGUGACUAUUAUGCCAAAGGACAUCCAAUUGGCUCGUCGUAUUCGUGGAGAGCGAGCUUAAGUUGUUCUCAACUUCAACAAAGACAAUCGGCCCUUUUCAGGGCCA